GUGACCACCGCUCGCCACCCAAGAUGUUAUUCAUUGGUAACAAUCCCCAUUAUCUGUCCCCACUUUGGGCUAAUCAGACAGAAUCGCUAAUGCCGAGAGCUGCUUCCUGCCGCCUCUGGGAGCCAGCGCAUGGCGUGCACCUCUGGCGCCCACCCGUAGCAGCUACGUCCCGGCCGCCCCUCGGUUCCCAGCCUGCCCCGCCCCCCGCCUCCUUCCCCUCCUUGGCCAUGGCCACCUCUGGACGCCUGAGCUUCACCGUGCGCAGCCUCCUGGAUUUACCCGAACAGGACGCGCAGCACCUGCGGAGGCACGAGCCGGAGCUAUGCGCUCCCCAACCCGGCCCCUGCGCCACCUGGUUGGAAUCCGAGCGCGGCCACUACCCCUCCUCGGACGAGAGCAGCCCAGAGACCAGCCCGCCCGACUCGUCGCAGCGGCCGUCCGCUCGGCCGGUGUCUCCUGGCUCAGACGCUGAAAAGAGAAAGAAGCGUCGGGUGCUGUUCUCCAAGGCGCAAACGCUGGAGUUGGAGCGGCGCUUCCGGCAGCAGCGCUACCUGUCGGCGCCCGAGCGCGAGCAGCUGGCGCGCCUGCUUCGCCUCACGCCCACACAGGUCAAAAUCUGGUUCCAGAACCAUCGCUACAAGCUGAAGCGCGCGCGCGCACCGGGCGCGCCGGGGGCGGCGGAGUCGCCUGACCUGGCAGCAGCUGCGGAGCUGCGCGCCGCACCCGGCCUGCUGCGCCGCGUGGUGGUCCCCGUGCUGGUGCGCGACGGUCAGCCGUGUGGCGGCAGCGGCGAGAUGGGCACGGCCUCCGCCCAGGACAAGAGCGGCGCGUCCCCAGCCGCUGCCUGCCCUCUGCCGGGCUACGCAGCCUUCGGGCCCUGCUCGGCUCUUGGCCUCUUCCCCGCCUACCAGCACUUAGCGCCCCCAGCCCUGGUCUCCUGGAACUGGUGAGACCGUUGCGGGGGGGGGGGGCGGGCACUUGGGGCUACCCCGGACUUUGGAGUGGCUCUGCGGCCAAAGCGGGGCUGGAGGCCGAGAUCCGCAAAGUACGCCCCCCACCCAGGGCCCAUCUCUCUGCAGGUUCCACGUCCUACAGUGCAGGGGUCCCCUGCCCCGCCCUCCCCAGCCAAUGCGCGGGGAACUUUCGCCAAGAUUUCCCCCUCGCCUCUUGCCUCGACCGCCAGCCCCAGAGCUAGAUUUUAUUGCUUAAACCUUAUUUGUAUAUUUUUAAAUAGCUAUUUGUAUGGGAAGCAACUUAUUUUGAAAGAAAUAGAAUAUUUUUCCUCUU